CCCACCCUCGCCCAUAACUGGCGGCCAGAAGAGAGGUGCGGCACUCGGAGACUGACCGGCCAGGACAGAGGACAGGAGCGGACGGCAGAGCGAGAGAGAAGUGGACACAGCGAGCGGCCAGCCGGUCAUACGUAAUGGCGCGUCUGAUGCUGAUGGUGUCUGUACUGCUGACGCUGACCGCGCUCAGCACGGGAACGCUGAGCGGUGGCGGGCUCAGCGUUUCGGCCAGCGGCUGUGCGGGGCCGCUGUGCCGCCUCCACCAGAUCAAACGACGCAAGGAGGCGGCCAUCCUGAAGGUGCUGUCUCCUGUCGGUGCCCGGGACACCCUGAAGCCGAGUCGCAGCGGCGCCGCCGGCGACCAGCCGAUGGCCGUCAUCGUACCCAAGGAGCGUCUGCCGGCGGCCGGCGCUGCCGCUCCCCCGGCGGCCGGCGCUGACGCCGCCCCUGCCGCGGCCGGCCCACUGACCCCGUCUGACCCGGCCGGCCCCGCGGCGACUCUCCCGCCGGGCGGCUCUCGGGUGCAGGCGGACGCCGCGGUGCAGCAGAGCACCUCGGGGACCGUGGAGACCACCCAGGUGGGCGCCCAGGUGACCGCCGUCCGGGACACGGCGGACGAUCGGCGCGGAGUGUCCGUCACAGGCGGACUGGCCGUGGCCGGUAACCUGCAGGUCGGCACGCCCUUCGGUUCCAUCAGCAUCUCGGACGCCAAGGCUCAGACGGCCCAACAAAGCAAAACCAUCCCAUUGCCUCUCCUCAAUGGAACUCUCCGCAGCAGGCAAUAAAGAUGUCUUGGAUUUAA